AUGAUGGAACAUGUCCGUGUUGUUUCUGAAUUUUUCAACUUUUCCCUGAAGCGGUUUGCUUUGUUGGUCAAGACUAUCGAAGAAAUGUUACCUGAAUCAAGUCAUAAACGUCUAAUCAACAUUUGCAAAACCAGAUGGGUGGCAAGAAGUUUGUCUGCUUUCAUUGACGUUUUCCCAGCUGUUAUCAGAUGCUUUGAAAUAAUUCGUGACAACAUUAACAAAACUUGGAAUCCCGAGUCUGUCCAGAAAGCUGGUUAUUUGUACUUGCAUAGUGUUUAGUUUCCGUUCAUUGUAAUUCCUGUCACUGUUUCAAGAUGUCUUGAGGUGACUCGUCCGCUCACUGUUCAACUGCAAGAGAAGGCUAUUGAUGCCGAUGCAGCUGGAAAAAAGGUCUUGUCUGUACGUUCAUCUAGAGAAUGUUAGAAAUGAAGUGGAUACCAAGCAUGACUUAUGGUUCGAAGAAGCAGAAUCUGUUGCAGAAGGCGUAGGGACCUUGCCGGAAAAGACCAGUAUAGCAUCUAAGCAACAACACCGCGCGAACACACCAGCUGACACGCCGUCAGAUUACUAUCGGAGAGUAGUAACAAUUCCUUUUCUGGAUCAUCUGAAGUCACAAAUCAAAAACUUGCUUUACCGCAGAUAA